AGUGUUUGGUUUAUAUAACCGACUUUAGCUUGCGUCACAGGUCACGUGAUAUUUUUCCAGCCUAAAGAGAGACACACCUAAAUCUCGUGUCCGGUCGGGUCCCUCAAAGCAAAGCCCACGGCACGUGUGACAAGUGUCCCCUAACACGUCCGUAGAUCCCGCUUAAUACGCUGCUAGCCCACACACGCCUCAUUCGUGCCAAACCCUAAAUCUCACACACAUACACGCUCGCCCAUCCCACACACGCGUGAAACCCUAACACCCACGCGCUCGCCUUCCCCUCGUCACGCGCCCCCCACAUCCUCGCCGGCGAUAGCCCUAUUCUCGGUGCUUCUACAUCGCUUCUUCUAUCUUCGCAGCUCCGGAGAAUAGUCCUCUUAUCAAGCCGGAGAUACCCUGCGGUUGCCGGGAAUAUUGAUCUACUCGCAUAAAUCGGUCGGUUUGAGAAGAGAAAGUGGAAUUUGAAGGAUUGGAGAUAUUUCGAAGCGUCAUGUGAAGCAAAUUGAAGAUUCGCGUAAGAAUUACGCUAGAAAUCGAGACGCUACUCUGAAGGAAAAUCUGAAAUCGAGUUGGGGCAGAAAUUAGUGGAUCUGAUUCUGCAUUGUAAGAGAAAUCCAUGCCAUAUUUUAAUUUUGCAAAACGUUAGGAAAUGGUUAUCACAUUUACUGUAGAUAAGUUAUAAUCCUAAGGUAAUUUUGGGGUUAGAGGUUCAGGAUUAGAGUGGGAAGUUAUGGCAACAGAUAUGCAGAAACUGAUGGGAGCUAGUGAGGAGGAUGAUGAAGAGGAAAUGGAUGUAAAAGAAGAGGAUGAUGAGGAUGAGGAGAAUGGAGAGAGGCGUAUUGCUGCUCAGAUGAUGAUGGGGGUUGAUGAAGUGAUGCCAAGUACAAGUAGUGGCGGUCAGUUUCAACAUCAGCAGCAACUUCAAGAGCAAGUCGGCACCCCGGGUGGAGGAGGAGCUCGCAGGUCACGACCACCAGAAGAAAAGGAGCGAACGAAGCUAAGAGAGCGGCAUCGGAGAGCAAUAACUGCAAGGAUCUUGGCGGGGCUUCGGAGGCACGGGAACUAUAACCUGAGGGUUAGAGCUGAUAUCAAUGAUGUGAUUGCAGCUUUGGCCCGGGAAGCUGGCUGGGUUGUUCUUCCAGAUGGAACCACUUUUCCAUCAAGAUCUCCGGGUUCAAGGCCCACUGGUGGCAAUUCUGCAGGCAUGACUUCAUCUUCCUCCCAAAUGGUAUCACAACAGACUCCACCUACCUCCUUGCAGGGAGUCUCUUCUGGCUAUCGCACCUCAGUAGAGUACAAUGCUAGUCGUAUGAAGGGAGUUUUCAUGCCUUCUUCUUCACCUUAUGAUCUGUCCUCAAGUGCCCGUUCUCAAAGUUCAGGCAUGGUUGGAGAUGGUGGAGAACAAAUAGAAAGUCUUCCUUUUAUUUCUGGCUCCAUGGAAGCAAUUAAUGACAAACAGCUUAUUGGGCAACUUCCUAAGCUACCAGAACGUGAUUUUGCUGGCACUCCAUAUGUUCCAGUUUAUGGGAUGCUACCAUUGGGGGUCAUCAACAUUAAGUGUGAGCUAGUUGAUCCAGACGGUCUGCUAAAGCAGCUUAGAGUAUUGAAAUCAAUCAAUGUAGAUGGGGUCAUGGUUGACUGCUGGUGGGGAAUAGUGGAAGCACAUGCUCCCCAGGAAUAUAACUGGAAUGGUUACCGAAGACUCUUUCAGAUGGUUCGUGAGCUUAAGCUUAAGUUACAGGUUGUGAUGUCAUUUCAUGAAUGUGGUGGCAAUGUUGGUGAUGAUGUCUGUAUUCCACUUCCCCAUUGGAUUGCAGAAAUUGGUAGAAGUAAUCCUGACAUAUUUUUCACUGAUAGGGAAGGAAGAAGAAACCCUGAAUGCCUCUCCUGGGGGAUUGAUAAAGAGCGAGUUUUAAGGGGCCGAACUGCUGUUGAGGUAUACUUUGACUAUAUGAGAAGUUUCCGAGUGGAAUUUGAUGAAUUUUUUGAGGAUGGUAUCAUAUCCAUGGUUGAAGUUGGACUAGGUCCCUGUGGGGAGCUUCGGUACCCAUCUUGUCCAGUAAAGCAUGGAUGGAGAUAUCCUGGGAUUGGGGAGUUCCAGUGUUAUGAUCAGUACAUGUUAAAAAGCCUUAGGAAGGCAGCAGCAAUGAGGGGGCACAGCUUUUGGGCUAGAGGGCCAGAUAAUGCCGGGUCCUAUAAUUCCCAGCCACAUGAAACUUGCUUCUUUUGUGACGGAGGAGACUAUGAUGGGUACUAUGGCAGGUUUUUCCUUAAUUGGUACUCUCAGUUAUUAGUUGAUCAUGGAGACCGGGUACUUUCUCUGGCAAAGUUAGCUUUCGAAGGUUCUUGCAUUGCAGCAAAGCUGCCAGGUAUUCACUGGUGGUAUAAAACAGCCAGUCAUGCUGCUGAAUUAACUGCUGGAUUCUACAAUCCCUGCAAUCGAGAUGGUUAUACUGCAAUAGCGGCAAUGCUAAAGAAGCAUGGAGCUGCUUUAAACUUUGCAUGUGCUGAACUGAACUUUUUGGAGCAACAUGAGGACUUACGGGAAGCGCUGGCAGAUGCUCGGGGUUUAGUCUGGCAGGUGCUGAAUGCUGCAUGGGAUGUUUGCAUUCCAGUUGCAAGUGAGAAUGCUGUUCUUUGCCUUGAUAGGGUAGGCUAUAACAAGAUAUUGGACAAUGUCAAGCCAGUAAAUGAUCCAGAAGGGAGACAUUUUUCAUCUUUUACUUACCUUAGGCUCAGCCCACUUCUCAUGGAGAGACAGAAUUUCAUGGAAUUUGAACGUUUUGUCAAGCGAAUGCAUGGGGAAGCAGUUGUAGAUCUCCUGGUAUAGCAAGAAGGUACGAAAGCUCUUAAAAUCAUGUAACAACUGGUUUGCCCCUCAACAAAUGUUGGCGGUGCAAGUUGCAUAUUAGGGGAAUAUUAUUCUUAGUUUAAUUUAACAAACAAUUAUGUAAAUGAAACCAUGGAUAUCAGUGGUGAAUUAUUUUGGACCGCUCCUUGACAUGCCUAGCUGUUUAACAUAGGUCAGGCGGUUAAAUCAAUCAAUGAUCAAUGUACAAUUUGAAUUUCAGGACAUUAACAUUUCUCGAACGUAAAAUACCCUA